UUCGAGCCAAUCGUUUUGCGAAACAAUAGCUGGCAGGAGUGAACGUCGAAUGGUUUUGUAGUUUGGUUGGUUCGCGUUAGUUCGGCGGUGCGGCGGUUUGGCGUCUAGUGAGCCGGCUGGUCGAGGGGUGGCGGUGCGGUAGUGUCGCGCCGAAACAACCCUCAGUCUAAAAGCUACCGCGGUCGGGUGCGUGUCUUUACUAACGUCUUUCUGCGCGAUUAUUUGCCGCAUACGUCCAUUUACGUUUCUCUUAAUUGUGUAUUGUUCUGGACCUGACCUCGGAUGCCCUGCUCGAGUAUCAUAGUGCGGUUCUUUGUCGAUCCAACAGAUUGAAGGUCAAGUUAACUUCCGGAGCGAAUUGACGAAUCAGCGGAGGAGUAUCUAAACGGACGCGUUACCAGAGAUCAUCGUUUCGAUGACAGUUGCCAGCGGUGGACGUUAAAGUGAUACACGAGCCACCGAAAGGAUCCUUUGCUCGCGAAAGCGAACGAGAAGUGGUAAGCAGGAAGAUGAGAGUCCGUGAGAGUUGAAGUAAAAACCUGCACAACGAAUAGCAACAGCCUGCCUCGUCCAUUGCGACCAGCCACAUAUCUCACGUUAAGAUGACAUAGAAUGGGUUGGGUGGCGCUAGGGCGGUGUGCGGGUGGUGGCGGCCGCCUCUCGUCCGUCCUCUCGCUGUCUCUCACCUCCCUCGCAAGCUCCCUCAUCUUCACCAUCCUCUGUAUCCUCACACUUGCCCUCACUCUUGUCACUCUCGUGCGUGCCGAAGACAUCCAUAACGAAUUCACUCGAAAGAGAACGACGCGCGUUUCGUACAGAUCGCGUGCGACAAGCGCAUUCUCAGGAAAACCGAUCUUCUUGGACACCUCGAAGGUCAAGGUCGAGGCUCGCGACAAAGCGAACUGCGGGUUAAUCUGCGGAUCGACCUUCGGGGUGGCUAGAGAGAGAGAACACUCGAUGAUCGGGGGUGAAAACCGAGGAAAGGAAUGGAAAGGAAAGGAAAGAGGAAAGGAAAGGAGAAAGGAGAAAGGAAAGGAAAGAGAAAGAAAAGGAAAGGAAAAAUUCCGUCGUGGAUCCGGUGGUUUCGGGGCUAGCUACAAUACGUUGUGUUGCAGUUUCGAGGAGGGCAAGUCGGACAAGGAGAUACUGGACAACCUGCUGCUGUCGACCCGUUACGACAAGCGGCUUCUGCCCCCGGUCCAAGGUACACUGAGGCCCCCGCCCCACACCCGUCAAGACGACUACACCCCUGACUACCUCGUACCCAAUGACCCUGAUCAUCCAGAGCACCUCGAACACCACCGGCACCGCUACCACCAUACAGCACCACACAACCACAGCUCACUGCUCACCCCUCGUCGAAAGGGAACCUUGACCGUAAACGUGAGCGUGCUCUUGUUAAGUUUGGCUUCUCCCGACGAAUCCAGUUUGAAAUACGAGGUGGAAUUCCUGCUGCAACAACAGUGGUACGACCCGCGAUUACGAUACAGCAAUCGGUCGCAGUACGAGUACUUGAAUGCGAUUCAUCAUUACGAUGAUAUCUGGUUGCCGGACACGUACUUCAUAAUGCACGGAGACUUCAAGGACCCGCUCAUACCAGUUCAUUUUGCCCUUCGGAUAUAUCGCAACGGCACGGUCAACUACCUUAUGCGGCGUCAUCUCAUCCUAUCCUGCCAGGGUAGACUCAAUAUCUUCCCUUUCGAUGACCCACUGUGUUCAUUCGCGAUCGAGAGCAUAUCGUACGAGCAAUCGGCGAUCACGUACGUGUGGAAAAAUGACGAGGGUACGUUGCGGAAGAGUCCUAGUCUAACGUCGCUGAACGCAUACCUCAUUAAGAACCAGACAAUCACGUGUCCGAUCAAAGUAAGCUGGAGAGCUGAGGGACAGAUCGUGGUCGACUACGAGGACGAGUUCGAUGAAUUUGGGGACGCAAAGUGUUCGCUGUGCCAGCGCAGAUUUGAGGAGCAAGGUAACUACAGCUGCCUGAAGGUGGAUCUGAUUUUUACGCGAGAUCGUGCCUUCUACUUCACAACAGUCUUCAUCCCGGGUAUCAUUUUGGUGACCAGCUCCUUCAUAACCUUCUGGCUUGAAUGGAAUGCGGUGCCAGCGCGAGUAAUGAUCGGUGUGACGACGAUGCUCAACUUCUUCACGACGUCGAACGGUUUCCGCUCGACGCUGCCCGUCGUGUCGAACUUAACUGCCAUGAACGUGUGGGAUGGCGUUUGUAUGUGCUUCAUCUACGCCAGCUUGCUCGAGUUCGUCUGCGUGAAUUACGUCGGCCGUAAACGGCCGAUGCACAAUGUCGUCUAUCGUCCUGGAGAGAAUCCCGUCACCCAGCGGCUCCCAGCGGUGCUCAGCAGGAUAGGGAUAAUAUUGGCCAGCCCCUUGGGUAAAAAGAAGCGAGAGGGCGGUCCACCGACCGGAGCUACGACAGGACCGAACGAGAUCGUAACCUGCACCAAUUGUGGACCCAACCCUUGCACGCACACGACCACCAAUGGAUGCACAGCCGAGCUAAGAAAAAAGGAACCACCGCAUCCGAUAAGAGUGGCAAAGACGAUCGACGUGAUAGCAAGAAUCACUUUUCCGGUCGCCUAUUUCAUGUUCCUCACCUUUUUCUUCAUCCACUACAAAGGCACCUCGUAGACCAACACCAGAGGCAACAGUCCAGAAGAAUUCCACCGUUGAUCAUCGGAGGCCGCGUCACUCGGCGUGGCUCUAUCUCAAGUCGAAUUUCAAUUGUCGAAGAGAAGCGUCGAAGCUAGAGAACCAAAGGGGAGCAGACACGUGACGCGUAGGUCAUCUGGAAAGUGUGUAUCGAAAUCGGAAGGGACGAACUCGUCGGAUAAACUGGACGGUCGAAGAAAGUGUUCGGCGAUCUCUCCGCCGCUCGAGGAAGCGAAACAUCGUCGGAGAAAGGAUUCGCGAGAAAGUGUGUUUCGAUGUCGAUGCAUGAAACCAGAAAUGAUCGCGUCUAUACGUAGGUGGUAUUCCGUGGAAAACAAAAAUGUACUUACUAACGAUAUGACGUACGAAACGGUAUCGAUCGGCGCGUGAUCGAGCGAAGAUCGUGCCGAAGUCUUAGGCUGUCUUUUCUUUGGCUUCGAAGGGCGAAGAAACGGGGAGCGCAAGAGAAAUUGGUGGAUUCGCCUCUUCCUCAUCUUUUCUCACAUGUGAUAAUUCUUAAAAGCACUCUUUAUCGAAAAAGCGAAAAGCAAGCUUGGGUCCGGUGAAUAGUCGACGAAGGGCAUACAUACGAAGAGAAAUAGGGUACGAGGAAGCGAGAAAGAAGCGAGUGAAAGGGAGGGAGAGAAAGAGAGGGAGAGAGAGAGAGAGAGAGAGAGCGAGAGAUAGAACGAAAACGCGGACACACUCUUUAAAAAUCUUUCUUCUACUAUCGGAUAUAGUGAUGUCGCUAAUUCGAGAAUGCUUCUGAAAA